AUGCCGCUUGGCGAGACAGAUAGGGGUGGUUACCAGGAACUCAUCAAGCGUCAAGCGACGGUGUUCGAGCAAAUGGUCCUCCACUGGAAACGAAAUGAUAUGACUUGGAACUCCUUUGAUGACUCCUUGUUCCAUUUUACCACUGCUGCUCGGAACACGGAGGGCCGGGAGGGCCGCCGAGAACACGGCGCGGGGGACUGGAGGGCCUUUGUGGGAGAGAAUUGGUUCUUGAUUAUGGGGUAUGCAACGUAUUGGAAGGACCAGGAGAGCCCCCAAGGACCAGUGGAUGACUUGGUCUAUGUGCCAUGUGAGGGGAAGGCGCCCUUCCUUCGCGGACGGGUCCAAGCGCUUCGGGAGGACGAGGUCCUCGUCGUCCAGACCGAACACGCCACGAUCACGGCGGCCUCGACCGAGCUGCGGCGGUGCUUUGAUGGAGACGUGUGUCAGGAUAACACCUCUUUGGUGUACCUCAACGAUGCGACGAUCUUGCAGAACCUGAAAGCACGCCACCAGGCAGAUGAUAUCUACACUUAUACUGCAAGUGUCUUGCUGGCGGUGAACCCUUACCAUGACAUCGAGCGGCUUUAUGGCCCUGAGCAAUGCGCGAGAUAUCGUGGGAAGCACAUUGGGGCCCUGCCGCCCCAUCCCUAUGCCAUCGCGGAUGCUGCCUAUCGAGCCUUGGUGCGCGAGCACCGGAACCAGGGCUUCAUCAUUUCGGGCGAGAGCGGCGCAGGGAAGACGGAGACCGCCAAGAUCGUCAUGCAAUACCUUGGCUAUGUCUCCGGCUCGAGCAACAACAUCACAGCGCAGAUCCAACAGCGCAUUCUCCAAGCUCAGCCUAUCCUGGAGAGCUUCGGCAAUGCCGUCACCAUGAGGAAUAACAACUCUUCCCGCUUCGGCAAGUACAAGCGCUUCUUCUUCGAUGAGACUGGAACGUUGAUGGAUGCUGGCGUGACCACCUAUCUUCUGGAAAGCUCACGGGUCGUGAUGCACAGCAGCUCCGAACGGACCUACCAUUGCUUCUAUGAGAUGCUGAGUGGUCUUCCGAAGGAGAAGCUACUGAGAUGGCACCUGGAACCCACGAAGCGGAAGCGGCACCUUCUCCUGGCCAGCGAUGCCGAGGACACGGAUGAGAAGUGGCACGGUGAGUUCCAGGAGAGAGAUGCGAAGAACUUCCGACGUUUGUGUGAUGCCUUGGCGGUGGUAGGCUUCAGCCAAGACGACAUGGAUUCCACCUUCCAGGUGCUUGCUGGACUGGUGCACCUGGGGGAUCUGUCUUUAGCUGAGAGAGACGAAGGCGAUGAAACGUCCACGGUGCAACUGGACGAAGAGAUCUUGGCCAAGGCAGCUGGUCUCUUGGGGAUGGAUGCCACCGAGCUAGCGGGAGCCCUUCGCCGGCGGAAGGUGCGGGUGACGCACCCGGGGCGCGAGUCCUUGCACGAGGUGCCACGGACCACGGCGCAAUUCCGACAUGCUCUUCACAGUCUCAUCAAGGCCCUGUACAAGCGCCUCUUCGAACGCUUGGUCUUCCGCAUCAACGGUUCCUUUCAAGAGUUGCAAGCGGCUCGCGGUCAUUGCGAGGAGGAACUCCGGGAGAUUGGCAUCCUGGACAUCUAUGGCUUCGAACGGCUUCAGCGAAACUCCUUUGAGCAACUCUGCAUCAAUUUGGCCAACGAGCGUCUCCAGCAGUACUUUGUGGAGAACGUCCUCGUGGCCGAAGAGGCACUCUACCGCCGUGAGGGCUUGCCAUGGUACGGCCUGCAGCUUCCAGAUUCCACACCUGUAGUGUCGGCCAUUUCUCAGACCUUCCGAAUUCUGGAUGAGUGCAGUCAACAGCUGGCCAAAGGCUUCGAAAAGACCGAUGAGAGCUUUUGCCAGAAGACCGUGGAUGAGGCUCAAAAGGACCCCGAGCGCCGGGAGCUGCUGCGCGCGCCACGGACCUCCAAAAAGCGACCGACGCUGAUGAACGAGGGCUUCGUGGUGAAGCACUAUGCUGGGCAGGUGGAGUACAGCACGAAGGGCUGGUUGGAUAAGAACAAUGACCGCCUGCUGCCUGAAUGCGAAGAGCUCAUUUGCGACUCGACCUUCGAAUUGGUGGCUUCCCUCAAGGACGAUGACCAGGGCAAGGCUCCCUUCCGCUCCAUCAGCAAGAAGUAUUGCACGGACCUGGAGCAUCUGCUUCAAACCCUCAGCACUUGCCAACUGCACUACAUUCGUUGCUUCAAGCCGAACGACUUUCAGCAAGCGGCCGUUUUCGACGAACAGCUGGUGCUCGAUCAGAUUGUUCAGUGUGGCACCGUCGAGCUGGUGAAGAUCAUGCACGAUGGCUAUCCCAACCGCUGUCGAUUCCAGGAAAUGCUGCGCUUUCGCGAUCUGCUGCCCGAGAGCUUCCAGCGUUACGGCACCCGAACCUUCAUCGAAGCCCUGCUCUUGGCCUACAAUGUGCCCAAGGAGGAUUGGGCUUUGGGCACGUCGAGGCUGUUCCUCCGUGCUGGGCAGCUGAAGGCCUUGGAAGACUUGAGAAGUGCAGGCGCUGCGCCGGAUCCGGUGCGGCUGCAGCAGAUCGUGCGGCGCAUCAUCCGCGCGAAGUGGCUCCGCGCGGCGCAUGCGGUGCGGCUGUGCCUCUAUGUGCCGAGGUUCCUGUCUGCCGUCCGUGCCAAGCGUGCGGAAGAGACGCUGGCGACCCGAGCCCUGCUGAUGGGGCGGCUUCGCCUGCAGCUGGACCGCGCGAGGUGCCGGCUGCGUGAGAAGCACCGGCGCGCGCUGCGGCGAUGGCGCGUGGCCAUGCACGUGGUGAGAUUGACCGGAAGUUGGAUGGCGCAGGCACAGGCUCGCCGUCUGCAGAAAGCCAUGCGGAAGUUCUGGCGGCUGCGCACCAGGCUUCCCGAAUGGGUGGCCUUGAAAGCGGAGGAGGCAAGACUGGAAGAGGAACGCAGAAGGGCAGAAGAAGAGGCAAGACUAGAAGAGGAACGCAGAAGGGAAGAACACGAGGCAAAACUGGAAGAGGAACGCAGAAGGGCAGAAGAAGAGGUUCGCAUAUUCCAUUAG